AUGGUCUGGUUGAACUCAUCGCCGACGCUUCUGGUCCCGCUUGUGGACCCUGAAACGCCCUUGGUUGCCCGUUGUAUGCCACAUGCUCCAUUGAUUGUCAUUUUAACCGAAUCAGCAGUUUUGAUCUACCAUCAACAUACAUUUCUCCCAUUGGCAAGCCAUCGUAGAACAAAAGAUUCUUUAUACCAACAUGGCUACAAUGCAAACUUUCGGAUACAGGACAUCUCGGUGAACACAUCGAAGCUACAACAAAGCACACAUGUCAAUUUGAUUGUUCAAACAACAACGUCUUAUCUUGUAGUAUUUCAAAUUAACAUUUCAUAUUCCAAGUCAAUGUUUCUGAUCUUGGAUGCAAAGACAGAUGAAACCCUUCAAGCAGGCUUGCCUCUUAUCACGACUCAAUCCCUGUUUUCCCUAGCAAAUAUCCUCAAGAGUGCCACUCGUAGUAUCAUUGCUGGCCAUGAUGCAACGUCAAAUUUGGAAAAUAUUGAACAUUUUAAUAAUUCCAAUGCUGAAGAUGAAUUGAAUAACUUUGCAGUACCGCAUGUAAAGAUCUCAAUCUUCAGAAUCCUUAAGAUAUCAAUUGGAUUAUCAGACUUCUGGUUGAAACAUAAUUCUCAUAAUUUAUUUGUGUAUCAUUCAAAUGAUCUUCAAAUUAUAAACUUGAAAACAUUUGUAAAUGAAGUAUACCUGCUCGAUGAUCUUGAUUGGUAUGUGAGUAAGAGUCCAGUUCACAUCAUGAAAUAUAAUGAGUACUUCAAUUACUUUCUCUUUGUGAAUUCUGACAAUGAAAUAUGGUACAUGACUUUCAAUUCCGAGAAGGAAUUGAUUGGUCAUAAAGUAUCGGACCUUGAGAUCAAAAUUGUGUCCAAUUCCAUGAGUUUCCACUUUAACCCACAAUUCAACCUUGUGCUUGUGUCCACCGACAAGGGACUCUUAUUAUAUCGUACAGAGUCUAUGGAAGAUACUGCAAGAUUUACUUUUAUUAAACGAAUGCAAUUAGACCCCAACCAUUCCCAAGAGGUUUCAACUGAAACAAUUAAUGUAAAUUGGUCUCCAUGUGGUGAAUUCUUUACAUCCAUUCAUGGUAGUACAUGGCGUAUUUAUUCUAAGUUUGGCAAUUGUUAUUUUAAUUCAAAGGAGAUUUUGAAAGAAUUGAACACUACGGCAAAUGAUACCAAGAAACUUGUUGAUUUUUUGAAAGUUUCACAUGUUUUGGUCCCCAGUAAUUCUAGAAAUAUCGUUGUUAUUGAUUCUAACAAUGAAUCCAUGUAUUUGUUGGAGAUACUAAACAAUUCGACUACUCAUCAUGACAAGUAUAAUCCUACUCUUGUUCUCACUAAUAGCGAAUACCUUAACGUUUUAGUUGAAUCCAAACAAACCAUUGCCAAGUUCCCCAUCUUGCCCCUGUUCAAAAGUAUAAUGAGACAGAUACAAGUUGUAAACCAACCCCCUAAAUCACAUAAAUGUUUAAAUGGGAAGUUAACCAUAUCAUCAAAUAUAUAUCAUCAAAUGAGUAUCUCAUAUGGUGAUAAAAUAUCUAUAUCCACACCAUUUAUGACCGAAGGUGGUGAUAUCAAUCAUACAUUAUGGUUUAAUUUCCAUGACUAUCUACAAGAAACAUUAAACAUUAUCAAUCACUUUUGGUUUCAAGACUAUUUGGUGUUAGUUAAUAGAAAUUUUGUUAAACUGGAGGUUAAUGAAGUUGAACGUCUUACAGAUGAAUUACUUAUUUUGGAUACCUCACCUUCCAAGUAUGGACAUGGAGGUAAUGGAUAUAAAUUCAAUUCAGACUCGAUUAUAUGGAGAUAUAAUCUAGACCAAUGUGUCCUUGCAUACGAUAUUUCCUGUUUUAAUGGCAAUCAAGAUCAAUUAGUGGUAAUUACCAAUGAAUAUAAGAUCAUAAUGUUUAAUAUAUCCAAAUAUGAUCUUGUUAAACAUAAAGGGUCUAAUAAUUCUAAAAUAUUUGUUGGGAUGAAUAAAACUAUUAAUUUAAAACUGAUUCUGAAUAAACUUUCAAUUCAAAACAUUUCCCUGAUUAAAUUAGUUGAAGGUCGACAUUUCUUGAUACUAUUAAACACUGGAGAAUUUUGUAUAUUAAAGAGUCUGGGUGAAAAUUCCAAUGUGUAUGAUUUAAUCAUGAUUAACAAUUGCGUUGAGUUCUUUAGAUUGAAGACACUCUACGAUGAAUUCUUAUAUCUUUCCACUGGUAGUUCGAUCUUGAUAUACAAACUUACAGACAUUACCAAUUGUUCAGGGAAAGUUAUGGUCCAUCCAAUAGUUAUCAAAAAUGAUGAUUAUUUCUUCCAACCUUUAAUCUUGAAUGUUACUCAUAACGAUAAGAAGAAUAAGUCCAUAAACCUCAUUGGAUUCGAAACAUUUUCAUUUUCAAGAAAUAAACAUUUAACAUUGAAAACACGGAUUAAUUAUAAAUUAAUUUUGAAUGAUUUCAUUGAAUUUGAUUUAGUUAACAAUAAUAAGGAUUUAUCGAUAUUUGAUAAAUAUAAAGAAUAUUCAAACUUUCAAUAUUGUCUUGAGUUACUUCUUUUCAAACAUUUGACGAACAUUGAUGAUGAUAUCCAAUCUGAUGCAGAUGGUAAGGUAUUGAAAAUCUUGAUUCAACUUAUUGAUAAACAAGAGGGAGCAAGUGAAUUUAUUUAUAUCAAUUGUUUGAGGAAAAUUGAAGUUGGUUAUUGGUAUAAAUUUUUCGAUACUCUUGAAACAACCCCAUUAAAAUUUAUGAACAAACUUAUAUCUAUGGGACAAGUUGAGUUAUGUUAUAAUUAUUUGAUUAUUUACUUAAACUUUAAAAAGGAAUACGAGGCACCUACUAAAAAGACUGAGUCAUUACUAGAUGAUCAAGAUCAAACUAUCAUUCUCAAGAUCAUCAAGAUGUUGGAUUCCGCUGAAAGAUGGGAUUGGUGCUUUGAAUUAUGUAGAUUCAUCAAAUUACUCGAACCAUCUAGUGAAUUACUUCGAAAGGUAAAGAAACAAGUUGAAGUUUUGAAUAAAUAA